CGUGGGUUAACAUGAAAGACAAUUCUCGGGGAUAUCCGAAAUUUCUGCAAUAACAAACGCAGAGUUAUCUAUCCUGUUAGAAGAAGGGAGGGGAUAGUCAAAUUAAGGUGGAACAUUAAUGACAUACAUCUAAAUGGCAUCUCUGGCAUCACUGAAGAGGUCAGAGUCUGAAGAGACAUUGCUACAAGCAGCUCAGAAAGCUGAGAAUAAGGCUGGAAAUGUGCAGAAGUUUCCAAUUAGCCGUUUACGGCCAUCCAUUCAGAAGUUUCAGACAGUGCUUGAUAUUGAUCUUGACAGAUUGUUAAAGCAUAUGCAUAAUAUUGACAAGCUGACUGCUGCAGAGGACUGGGUGGGGUUGCAUAAGGAACAGGUGAAUGCUUCUCGUACUGUCCAACAAGUGCAAGCCAAUUUAAGAGAACUUGAGAGAGCCCGUGCACAGGUGUAUGAUGAUGACAUUGGACAGUUUGAUAGCCAGGUACAGGAAGUCAGAAUCAAGUCUGUGGCAGCUGUAGAAAAUUUCUUGAAAAAGUCUCAAGUGAAAGAUCUGACUCCAGAUUUGCCUCAAGUGGAGACCAAGGAAACAAGUAGCAAGCUGGCUGUAGCAGAUGGUUUUCCAGUGCUGCAUACAAAUCUUCAACUUCAUGUUGUGCCAGAAAACACGCCAGCUGCAGCAUCAUGGGAGGAACUGCAGGAGAGCAUGGAAGAACUGAAUGAGCUGGUGCACCAAUUUGCUGACAAUGUUCAAGAACAAGGUGAAGCUGUGGAUAGAAUAGAGGAUAAUAUUGAGACAGCCCAUGAGAAUGUGAGAGCAGGAACUAUCAGUCUGGGAUCGGCAGCUAAGUACAAAGCUGCCAUUUUCCCUGUGGCAGGUGCCCUCAUUGGUGGUGUGGUGGCAGGUCCAGUCGGUUUGAUAGCAGGUGCCAAGAUAGGACUGGCUGGAGCAUUAGGAGGGGUUGCUGCAGGAUUUGCUGGAGGCUCAGUAUUGAAGGCACGUCACAACAAAAGUGUUGCUAUGGAGAUGACUAACAUGGAGGAAAGAGAAAAAGCAAACCAUACUCUUCAGCGGUCAACAUCCAUAUCAGAAGUGCCUGACAGGUCUUCUGCAGAUGGACAUGGUACACAGGGCUCCAUGCUGAGUAGACUCGUUUUUGGAGAACAUGGGAAAUCAAAAUCUUUAAGUGAAGACUGACAGUUGAGUGACUUGAGAUGAGGUUUUGCAUAUCAUGGCCUUCAGUAUGGUUGUGUUUUUUAGUUGUGAAUUUUUAUUUUUAACUACCCUGAUUUUUUUUUUUAAAGUUUGCACAAGCAUCAUAAUGAGUUGGUGGUGUUUAGGAAGAAUGAUUUACUUAUCACAUCUACUAGUUAUUUACCCUUUCCUUGAUAAAGAAGUUGUAGUUGAAGUAAUAUGAGAAACAUGGUUUUCUUCAGAAGAAACAAACAAUUUGCAUGAAGAAUUAUGGUAAUUCUCAAAAAGAGCAAAUAACAAGUUGCUCAGAUGACAGCAGAAGGGUACAUAUGGUCACAGAACAACAUACAGAGGGAAGAGAUCUUGUAACCACAGGUACCAAAGAGGGGUUUGCAUUAUCCAUUACAUCUUUAGGAUCAAAUAAAUUGUCUCCUUUACUGGAUUCUUUGCAAAGCUUUUUCUCAUAUUUGUUAUGAUAUAACUAUAGAGUGGACCAGAUGUAGCAGAUUCAGAUGUGGUUUAAAAAAAACAAAAUGAAAACAAGUAGAGAAGUGUCUUUCACAAUAUACUGUAUUUGCAAAGUAAGUGAACAUCAAUUUACUGAUUUUAAAAUCAACAAGCAAUUUACUUUCAAUGCAUGGCAAACACGGGAUCAUUAGGUGAGAAAAAAACAUGGCUGAAAGUGUCAAAAAGCAAACAUCAAUAUGCACUGCAUAAUUCUAUAGGCAGGUCACAAAAAUCCAAGACAAAGCCAAAAAUCAGUCAACUGGGGCCCUUGGGGUUGCAGACUAUUUCAGGAAAAUGCAGAGAAGCAAAGAAAGCCAUUAUUGCCCUAGAAUUAGUUUAGUUACUUUAUUCCUUAUCAGUCCUUGAGGAACAUAGGGUCGCAACAACACCUUGCCAGCAGACGGUUUUGGGCAGCACCCCUCACUUGGGCCCAUGUGGUUCUGACGUCCUUUGCCUCACUCUCUACUGUUCCUUUCCAAGUCUGCUUUGGUCUCCCAACUCUCCC